CCUGCUUUAUUUGAGUGGUUAAAGUUUGUAUUUUAAGUGAAUGAUCACAAUCAAGAAUGAAUCAAGCGGAUAUUCUGAAAGAGGAGUCCAACUGUCCUAUUUAAAAUUGUAUUAACACUUUCAUUUUAGGGAAACAUAUUUGACAGUGCCUCUGCAUAAUGACAUUUAAAUGUUUAGUUUCACAGAAAAUAAAUCUCUGGUUAGAACAUUCGUGUUUUCUAAAUAUAUGGCAAUCCUCUUAAGUGCAUAUAUUAUUUCAAAGCUCAUGAUUCACAAUGAGGGCAUUUAAACCUUGUCUGGUUGACUUAGCUUCAAAUCAUAUUACCUUUUACUUCUCUAAAAGGGUUUUGGUUUUGACUAGCUUUGAAAUAAUACCUUCAGUCACAUCUUCCUUUUUAUUUCUUCAAAGCUUACGGGAUGAUAAAUACACCAGGAUUAAAAAGGAGGCUGCACAGUCAGACAAAACGCGUAAAGAUAAUAUCUUGCUUAAAACUGUUCAAGAGUAUUUCAUGCAAACAAAGACUGCUGUGCUUGAGGUGUAUGAAUCGAAAGAAUUGUUUAAAAUUCACAAAAUAUAUGUGAGCCGGGAAGGGAAUGAAUCAUAUCAAUAUUAUUCAUCUCAUAUUUUGUCCAGGAUGAAAUCGGGUACAACAAUGUGAUCGAAUGCCUUUUUUAAUCAUUUUAACAUUCAUAGACCAGUGAGCCAAAGAAGUCAGCAUUGUUUUUGCUUAGUAAAUAAUCCUGAAUUUCAUGUUUGUAGUAUUGAUAUGUAUCAUUUUUAAUUUACAGCCGAACGUAACAUCAUCCCACCCAGUUAAAAUGAACGGAAUCUUUUGUUAUGAUUUUUCUUCAUCAAUUUAGAUAAGUGUUCAGAGUCAUAUCUCAAUGAAUGUGAAAAU